AAUGAAUGAAACGCCACCUUGUGAGUGGCGGCUAUUCCGAAUUUGCCAGGACAUGAUUUAGAGACGAUGCUGCACGAAGUGCUAUUUGCACUUUCGGGACAUUGUGGAGGCAUUUUUAGAAACUCAGAUGGGGAAAUAAAGGUAGCCAGUGAUCUUCCAUUUAUCUGUCCAUCAGAAGUAGAUCUACUAAAUAGAUUAUGCAAGCUGGGAACAUACUACAAAGAUUUCAACAACUUUAUAAAGAAACAUGGAGGAACACUGAGUGUGAAGAAUUCAGUGGUUGGUAGCUUAGAUGACAUCCAUGGAUUGUACCUGAAGUCUUUUUGUCGAGGACUGGACAGGGUCUUAGAAAACUACCGCAUCAUUCUCCGUAAGCUGGAAAUGGAUGUGUUGAGUGACGAACAUCUUCCUGUUACCCAUCUCGUCAGUUUCUUACAAGAGUACCACAUUUUAUUCCCUGCAUUGGCAUCAGUUGUGGAGCAAAUCAUGAGUCACAAGGCACAUGGCUGUUACAUUCUAGAUAUUCUCCAUAAAAAUGCUGUCUGUGGUCUGCCCAUUGUAAGAAAUGCCUUAAAUAGGAUUGUGUUUGUGUGUCAUGGAUUGCUAUACAAACAGCUGUGUUCUUGGCUCCUGUACGGGUGUCUGAAUGACCCCUACCAAGAGUUCUUUGUACAGCUCAACACAGAAGACUUAGAAAACGUCAGCACCAUAAACAAACAGGAAGAGGAAGAUGAUGAACUACCAAUCAUGGGGGUUACUGGGAGGCAACUACAGAAAAUUUUGUCCCUGAAUACCUCAGAUGCAAGUUCCAGUCUCCAUAGAUUUGCCCUGAGAGCGGAGCUGUUACCAUGUUACAUCCCGGUGAGGGUGGCCAAUAAAAUUUUGUUCGUUGGGGAAUCUGUUCAGAUGUUUGAGAAUGAGAAAAAACCAAACACACAAAAGAAAGGAAGCAUUUUAAAGAAUAAGGAGGAGGAUUUUGCCAGGGGUCUACAUGAACUUUCCCAGGAGGAGGAAUUCAAUCCCAUGGCUUUUGAAUCUCUGAUAGACAAAAUACGAACUCAUGUUGCAGAGCAUCUGUACAUACUUGUUGUUGAGGAUGCCAGUCUCGCUGGAGAGUUGCGAAUCAUUAAAGAUUUCUUUUUACUGGGGCGUGGCGAACUAUUUCUGGCCUUUAUAGAUCAAACACAGGCUCUGCUGAGAGGGCCACCAGUUAACACAACUGAACAUGAUGUCAAUAUGGCCUUCCACCAGGCUGCUCGUAAUGUACUGAUAGAUGAUGAAAGCUUACUGCAGAGGUUCCACCUAGGGGUUCAAUUGAAAGGCAGUGAGAAAAAGAGUGAUAGUUCAGCAAGUGGCCAAACAGUGGAAUGUGGAUGGAACAGCCUGAGUCUGUCUUACAUGGUUCAGUGGCCACUGCACAUCCUUCUUACUCCCUCUGUACUAGAAAAGUACAACAGAUUGUUUCGGUUCCUGUUGGCAGUGAAGCGAGCACAGAUAGAUUUACAGCACUGCUGGACUCUACAAAUGCAAUACAAACAAAAACCAUCCAAUCCAGAGGAAGUGGCCAAAUGGCAGCUUCGGACUCACAUGGCUUUCCUAGUGGACAAUCUGCAGUAUUAUCUACAGGUUGAUGUGAUCGAGUCUCAGUUCAGCACAUUUAUGGAGAAGAUAACAUCCACUCGAGACUUUGAGGCUGUUAAACUCGCUCAUGACCAGUUCUUGUCAGCUUUACUGUCUCAAAGUUUUGUUCACAUGAAAGCUGUCUUUAGGUGUUUACAUGAGAUUCUGGACCAGUGCAGCCAGUUCAGCAAGCUACUAGUUAACUGUUCCUCUCCUCUCUCCAAAGGAGAAUUAUCACAUCUGCAGUUCAUUGCCAAGAACUUCCAAAGACAGUCCAAUCUGCUGUUUACAGUUUUAUCCAGUGUCCGGAGCCACAACGCCAGCCCUCAUCUGGCACAGCUCCUGUUACGUUUGGAUUACAACCAUUACUUCUCCAUAGCAGGAGGCCAGCUCGGAAGCUACUAAUGAAACCUAUCCAGUGGUGGGUGAUGAAUUGAAGACCAUGAAAACUUGAGUAUGGAAGCAUUACGUAGUGAUUAAUUGUAAAUUGACGUGUUUGUUAUUCUUAUUAAACUUGUAGAGUUGAA